AUGUCAGCUUUGGCUUUGACCUUUUCCACUCACCGGAAACUGUGGAUGUGGAUUUGCAGGGCUUCCCUUGGCUGCAAAAUUUCAAUCUGUGGCGGAUGGGCUUCUCUGUGCGUGUGGAAGCUUGAGAAGGAGGUAUCCACGGUGAUGGCGAAAGAGAAUGAGGAGAUGGUGGACAAAGCGCUCCAGAUCCUUUGCGUUGCAUUAGACUUCCAACCCAAAGAGGAUGAAGACAAAGAUGCCGAGCCCUUUGAGGCUACGUGGUUCUUAGUGGACAAUUCCCAACUCCAAGCACAAAGCUAUGGCUUGGGCUAUCGGGGCUCGAAAGAUCUGGACGACUUGGUGCCGAGCAAAGCCGCGGUCUGGGGUGAAAAGGUCCCUGGCCACGAUCGGGGCGACGGCUGGAUCCAGGUGGGCGACUUCUAUUUGCCUGAGGAGCUCGAGGGCAAACGCGUGUUGGUGGCCCAAGAUGCUGAGGAUCAGAUGCAUGCGAUGAGGCGCCGGUAG